AUGGAGGGCAACGUCAUUGGACCGGGUCCGUACCGGGCCACGAAGCUGUGGAAUGAAACCAUUAAGCUCUUCCGUGGGGGCAUGCCGCUGAGAAGGCACUGGGCGAACUUCCGCUACUAUGACUGCAGUUUCACGGGAUCCGAGGCUGUUGAUUACUUACACGAGUUACUGAGGUGCAACUACAACUUUGGGCCUGAGGUGACUCGCUACCAGACACUGCAGCUGCUCAGGAAGUUCUUCAAGGCCCAUGUCAUUGAAGAUAUCAAAGGACGUCACGGGACAGAGGACUUUGAGGACAACGGUCAUCUGUACAGGUUCCCCACACUGUCUCCUCUGAAAUCUUUUCCAGCAAGGCCUCUGUUGAGAGACAGCUGUGACCUGCCCAGACUUAUCCGCUGGGAUGACUAUGAAGAAUUGCCUCAACAGGAAAAUGUUGCACCCCUGAAGUCUGCUGUCAUGACUUCAGAUUUGUGGAAUAAAAGACACAGUGUAGCGAUUGGAGACGUUCACGAAUGCAAGCUCAUACGGAGGAAGGAGAUUACUUCAAAACAAGUGGACCACAUUUGGAAAUCAAUGACAGUUGCACAUUUACAGAGAGUGCUGGGCCUGCAGUCAUUGGAUGGAGUGUUAAACCUCACGCAUGUGAACAGCAAACACAUUUUUCACAAUGUGUUCAGUGUUAAUAAGACUGGUAUAGUCAUUCUGGAUAACAAAGCUGAGGACAUGCCCUAUUGGGUGGUAUCCGCAAUGAAAUGCCUUGCCAACUGGCCUAAUGGCAACGAAACCAAACAGCCCGUGUACCCAGGAUUCGAGAGAGAUGUUCUGAGAACAGUAGCAGAUUACUUUCAGAGACUCAAAGAACCCCUGCUGACUUUCCAUCUAUAUGAAGUCUUUGUCAACAUUCUUAGUCUGCUGCAGGGGGAGGAGGUAGCCAUUGAGGCGCUUCAAGUCAGCGGUCUCUUACUGCCGCCGCCCAACCGAAGACGCCUCCAGCUGUUACUGCGUCUCAUGGCGCGGGUCUGCCAGAAUCCCCACCUGCCUCCACUCAAUGACACUAUUACCACCCGCACACUGAUGCUGCAGAUGUUCUCUCACUGCGUUCUGGGCUCAGUAGAUGAGAUGGACUUGGACGAGCUGCUGGCCACUAAACUGGUAACCUUCAUGAUGGAGCACCACAACACCAUCUUCCAAGUGCCCUCCAAGCUGCGUGGCCAGGUUGAGGAGCAUAUGUCCCAUCUCAAAAGAGUUCAGAUCAAAUAUGCAGGUUCAGAUACAGACUUUAGUCUAUCUCCAGCCUUUUGUAAACAGAUCCGCAGGAUGGAGUCUGAGGAGCAGAAGGUGAUCGGUACCCAGACCCCCCUGCAGCAGCUUCUGGAGGGUCUGAUAGCAGACAAAGAACUCCCGGCCAAGGACAAAAGAAAAAGGCUGAAACAGUUCCAGAGGUCAUACCCGGAAGUCUACCAAAAUCGAUUUCCCACAGAGGAAAGCAAAGCUGCUGUCAUACCGGCGAAAACCCCUCGACUCAAACCUCAUCUCAUGUUCCUCAAGAAACCUUUCCAGCCUUUUCAGAGGAGCUGGAGUUUCAGAGCAUGAUUUUCCACCACUGACAUAUCUACACUUCUGGCUGUUUAUACAUCUCAACCUCAGUGUCCUGAGACCAAGAGUGUGGCUGACAUGGCGCUCUGGCCACAGGUUUGGUACUUCUGAUUUACCACUACGGUUUGUAUUCAAAAUAAU